CCCCCUCUUGUUUACAUACGGGAACGCAGAUAGUUCCAACCACCAAGAAAUGUGAGAACUUGUCCCAGCAUCAAAUCGCCGUCCGAAUGUCACGCAGAUCCAUUCUCGAUCUUCCUGCCGAAAUCCUCAACCAGAUCCUCUCCAUCUGCGAGCAAGUCUCUCAGAAGGCAGACGCUCAUUGCAUCGCCCCUCUCCUCACCUGCCAACAGCUCUACCAUCUCACACUUCGCGUCCUCUACCGCGACCUACGGUUCACCUACUCCUCUCCUCCUCCAUCGCGGACGAGCUGCCUGCACCGGUCUCUGGAAUCGAAUCCAAGGCUAUAUUCGUUCGUCCGGUCUCUUGUUUUCGAUCUGCGACCGGAGAAUCCGGGCGAAUAUAUCACGCUCGACGACUAUGUGGCGGCCGCUAGCGUGCUAAGCCGGUGUGAGGCGAUCCACUCGUUGCAGAUCUGGGGCGCCGCCUUUCUGUCGCCCGAAGACCGGAAACCUUUCCAAAUGGAAACGCUGCCGGGCCAACCGGCGAUCGACCUCUGCCGAUGGGAACUUUUGCAGUAUGCUCUCUGCCAAUGCCACACGUUGCGGAAGGUCGAGAUGGCCAGCAACCGAGAUUCGCCCGGCUAUGGCUUCAAGCUCCGCUCCGACUUUCAGGCGCAGGCCCGUGACUUGCGGCUCUUGCCGGGCACGGGCAUAAAGCUCCCUGUGCCAGGUACGACGACUUCCGAAAAUGAACAACGAAAAAAAGGCGAUCCAGGUCUGCAGGGUGACGCCCGCCGCCGCUCGAUUGACUUCAGCAUAUCAUUCGGGGAGGGUCACGCCGGAAAGGAGUAUGAGGCGAGGAAUAUCGAGUUUAUCCACGUCUUCGUGUGGAUGAAACGUCGUCCGCAAAUGCUCCGGCGCAUGGUCUUCGGUGACUUCAGGUCCCCUACACUGAUCAAGGAGUUCCGAGCGGCGGCGUACCCCAACCUGCACACGGUCGUCUGUCCGCCCGUCCACGUGAGGGAGCGCAGGCGUGGGCAUAGCCCAUACAAACCGCCCUCUGAGGUGGUCGAUCGGCUUCUGGGCCCGUCGGUGCAUACAUUUGUGUUCGACCUGGCCACCUAUGAUCAGCAGUUGGGACUGUCUUCUACCGCGUUCGGGGAGCUGGAGGAGCGAUGGCUGCGGGAGCUGGCCCAGAGUGCCGCCGCCCCGGGCCGAAACUCGGCGCUGCAAACAAUCUACAUCGACUUUAAACCGGACCCGGAUUGUGAACAGGGAUUCGAUCCGGCGAACUAUGCUUGGGACCGUAUAGUGCGAUUGCAGAGGCAAUUACAGCCAUUGGGGAUUCAGGUGAAGUAUACAGCGCCUUCGAUGACGCGAGAAGAGUAUCACGAGCUGUGUCGCCAACAUCAGGAGUGGAUCGCGGAUGAAGCCCGUCAGGAGGAAUGAGGAGGAUAUUCUUGGAUAACGCCUCCUUCAGGGGCUUCCCGGCUGGCCGCCAUGACUACCGGUCGGAGAACCAGCUGCAGGGCUGUGCGGACUGACCCAAUGUCGUAUCAUUUAUCUACCCAAGCUUUGAUUCAUUUGAUUAGCACAGUCUCCUCUUCUAGGCUAGCAUAAGAUCACCCCGCUCCCCCAGGGUGCAUCGAAUCGAGUUCCCCAUUAGUCC